GUGUAAGUGGGAGGAUUUUUGUCAAGAAAAAGUAUAAAACACAUUCGGAAAAUUGGUUUAUUACACAGAAAAUACCUCUGCCAGGAAAUCUUUCGAUCAGUGCAAUUUGACCACCUCUUCUACAAUGAGUAUCUGCAAACCAUACAAGUGUUACGAAAAGCAUAGUCAUUGUAGCAUGGAAGAAGUGAAGGAAUGCAACAAAAUGUAUCUUAAGACAAAGACAUUUAUAUGCAUACGAAACCAUAAGCACAAUGAUCCGUCUGAGAAAGAUGACUGCAACAGAGAGUCAAGAAAUAGAUAUUUUCUGGACUUUUCUCUUAAGCGUGAAAAUGGAGAAAAAGAGAACUAUACUAUAUCAGGUCCUGCUUCAAAGGAAACGGAAGAAUUAUUUGGAAGGUUUAAAAUUCAGACAAUUCCCGGCCAUGAUUAUACUCGAACAACAUGA